GUGAAUUCAUCUUCUCGGCAUUUUUUCAUAUGCUAUUCAAUACUAUCACUUGCUUUGACAUUGCAUGUUCAUAGAUGGGUAGUAGAGAACAGAUUGGAUGAGCUGAGUUUUGCAAGGCAGAAGUCUGCAUACUGUUAUUUCUCUGCUGCAGCAACCUUUUCCGCUCCUGAACUAUCAGAUGCUCGCAUGUCAUGGGCCAAAAAUGGUGUGCUGACGACAGUGGUUGAUGACUUCUUUGAUGUUGGAGGUUCUGUAGAGGAAUUAAAAAAUCUAAUUCAGUUAGUUGAAAUAUGGGAUGUAAAUGUUGCUACUGAUUGCUGCUCUGAGAAAGUCCGGAUCAUAUUUUCUGCACUUCAAAGCACAAUCUGCCAGAUUGGAGAUAAAGGACUCAUGCACCAAGAACGCUGUGUGACAGACCAUAUAAUUGACAUUUGGCUUAAUUUACUACAUUCUAUGUUGAAAGAAACUGAAUGGGCUAGAGACAAGUAUGUGCCAACAAGGGAUGAAUAUAUGAGCAACGCAUACGUGUCAUUUGCCUUAGGGCCCAUUGUCCUUCCAACUCUUUAUUUCGUCGGACAUAAGCUUUCUAAUGAGGUGGUUCACCAUUUUGAAGUUCAUAAUCUAUUCAAACUGAUGAGCACGUGUGGACGUCUGCUAAAUGAUAUCCAGUCUUUCAAGAGAGAGUCCAAGGAGGGAAAACUAAACGCGCUGUCAUUGUACAUAAGCAGUGGUGGUACUGGUAGUGACAUAACUGAAGAAGCUGCAAUUACUGAAAUGAAACUGUUGAUCAGCAGCCAAAGGAGAGAACUGCUGAGACUAGUUCUGCAGGGAAAGAACAGUGUUUUGCCAAAAGCUUGCAAGGAUUUGUUUUGGCAUAUGUGCACAGUGCUGCAUCUCUUUUACAAUAAAGACGAUGGAUUCACCUCAGAAGAGAUGAUCAGCGUUGUAAAAGCAAUUAUUCAUCAACCCAUUGUAGUCGAUGAUGAAUUCGAAUUCAAGGCCUAAUAUGAUAAAAUUAUAAAAAUUUCUUAAAAGCAAUUAUUCAUCAACCCAUUGUAGUCGAUGAUGAAUUCGAAUUCAAGGCCUAAUAUGAUAAAAUUAUAAAAAUUUCUUAAAAGCAAUUAUUCAUCAACCCAUUGUAGUCGAUGAUGAAUUCGAAUUCAAGGCCUAAUAUGAUAAAAUUAUAAAAAUUUCUUAAAAGCAAUUAUUCAUCAACCCAUUGUAGUCGAUGAUGAAUUCGAAUUCAAGGCCUAAUAUGAUAAAAUUAUAAAAAUUUCUCAAUAAAUACCGGUGUCGACGAUGCCCAGAUUAGUUU